AUGGCGACGAGUAACGACGGCUCUUCCUCUGGGGAAGACCGUGAAGCAAUCGAAGUAACGCCGGCGUCCUUCCCUGUGACUCUGACACCACUCCAACCCGCUUCAAUAGAGACGAUAAUGGCACGUCUUGCGCAACAAGACGCAGCCCAGAAAGCAACGACCGACCAAAUCGCGGCGCUUGCGAAGAUCUUAGCCCACCUUGCCGCAAACGUGGAAGCCUCGACGGCGCAAUACCGAAGACAUCUGGUUAGCACAGAAAGAGCGACCGGAGCAGCACCAACACAAACGGCUAACCAGGAUGUCACCGUUAACGACGUCGCUCAAACUCCCACAACUCUUGACGUGCAGACGAUAAACGAGCUCGCCGCGUUGAAACAGUCGGUACUGGAUAUAAGCUCCAAUAUUCAUCACGUCACCACAUCCGCACCUCAGAUCGAGCGAGUCCUAGCAGAAUCUCUCCGAACUCCGUUCACCGAAAAGAUAACGAAGGUCCGUCUCCGGAAGAUGGAAAAGCUCCGUCUCCCAACCUUCGACGGUGUAUCCGACCCUUCUGCUCACGUCACAUCCUUCAACAUCGCGAUGCGACGCGCAAACCUUUCUGACGAGGAAAAAGACACUGGCUUUUGUCAACUUUUCGUCGAAACCCUAGAAGGUAUUGCUCUUAACUGGUUUACCGGCCUUCAGGAGGACUCCGUCGAUAGUUUUCACGACCUCUCAGCGGCUUUCCUCAAAAACUAUAUCAUGUUCACUCGCCAAGAAGCCACCUCUACAGAUCUUUGGAACCUCAACCACGCGAACGGGCAGAGCUUAAGAGAUUUUAUGGAAAAGUUCAAAUCCAUCGUCUCGAAAGUCGACGUGCCAGACCACAUAGCUGUGGAGUCAUUGAUGAACACUCUCCAUAUUAAGUCGCCAUUUCGCGCUGAUCUUUAUCGACAUCCGAGAAGGUCAGUACCGGAUGCCAUAGCUCGUUCCAACAAUUUCAUUCGGAUGGAGGAAGAUACCAGAGCCAAGGUAGCCAGAUAA